AUGAGCACCAACAACCAAGAGUCCACUAGGCUUUUGCCCUCUGCAAAGCUCCAAUGCCAGCCAGAAGACUUCCAUUUGAGGAUACCAUCUACCAUAGCCCGCGGCAGUCAAAUCAUAGCAAAUGUUGUCACUGUCUCACUGAGCUUAGGCGAUGCCAUAGGCCGAGGAGAAUGUGUGCCUUCCGAGAGAUACGGUGAAUCGGUGGAGAGCGUCCUCACUACCAUCAGGAAUGUCGCACCUCAGAUCGAGAAGAACCCAGACCGAACAUACCUACAGAGCCUUCUACCUUCAGGCGCAGCCCGCAAUGCCAUUGACUGUGCACUUUGGGAUCUCGAGGCCAAACACACGGGAAUUCCAGCUUUCAAGCGGGCUGGCCUCUCCACGCCUAAACCCGCCACGACAGCCUUUACCAUCUUCCUCGACACCCCAGACGCCAUGGCUGCUAGUGCCGCGAGGGAAGCAACGCGACCACUCCUCAAGGUCAAAUUUGGCGGCAAGGAUGAUGAAGCAAGACUUCGAGCAGUGCGAGCUGCGGCACCAAACGCAACUCUCAUCGUCGAUGCCAACGAGUCUUGGGAUGUUAAAGAUAUGCCUGCGUUAAUGGCUAUCUGCGUUGACGUAGGCGUCAAGAUGGUUGAGCAGCCUCUCCCGGUUGGUGCUGAUGAUGCGUUACGUGGCUUCAAACAUCAGAUUCCCAUAUACGCCGACGAGAGUGUACAUGACCGUAAAGGCUUUGCGGAGCUACGCGAUCGAUAUGACGGAGUGAAUCUCAAGCUCGACAAGACAGGUGGCCUGACUGAGGCCCUGGAACUUGUCAAGGAGGCGAAGACAUUGGGAUUCGGCAUCAUGGUGGGUUGUAGAGCUUGUAGCUCGCUUGCCAUCGCGCCAUCUUUACUCCUCGCUGAGUUUUGCGACUAUGUUGAUCUUGACGGCGUCCUGCCGCUUGUAAGUGACCGGAAGGAUGGUUUAGUGUAUGAAGGAUCGAUAAUCAACCCUGCCAUCGCGGCACUCUGGGGUUAG